CACACACACACGCUGGUUUAAAGUUAACCCAAUUUUGCUGCAUACAAAUUAACUUAAGUUGCAAACGAGGCUGUAGUUGUAGGCCUGUGAAAAUCAAACACACCUUUAAAACAGAGCCUACAUGUACUAAGUCAGAAAAAAGAGCAAUCCUGAUUGAAACGCAUUCAUAUUUUAAAGUAUAGUUUCCACAAUAAUGAUAAAAGGCUUUUAUUAUUCCAUUGACCACAUCAACAUAAAGAGUGUAACAUAAGUUUAAAUGGUUUUCCAUAUCACCCACAAUACUCAGUACACUAUUCUAGAAAAGUAUGGUCCAUCCUCUCUACACAUGUGGCACCAUGAAAAGGCAGUAAGCCAGUACAACAAACAAAAAACCAGCAACAAUAAUAAAGUCAACAUUUCUUUUUUGUCACAUUUUAGUUGUGGAUUGUGUUUUACUCUCAAGCAGUUUAGAUGAUCUGCAAUUUAACUGUGUUUUACUUUUGUAUUUAAUGGAGAUUAAUUAAUUGUAACAACAACAACAACAACAACAACAACAACAACAACAGUAUAGGCUAAAUAAAGCACACACUUAUGCUCAUUAUUUUCUCCUGUAUUUGUCACCAUAAACUCAACAGUAUAGCACUGUUGUUGGAUAAUGUACUAUUUACAUCUGUCAAAGGCACUUGAUGCAACAACAGUAACUAGUACAGAAUUAAGAUAAUAGUAGAUACCAAAUAAUAAUAAUGUAAAAAUAAUAUGAGCUGCAUGUUCAGGGGACUAAAUAACAACCUAAACAGACACUACAUACUACUCUGUGUUUACAUAAUCUUGGUUUUUGCUGAUUAAUACACGGGAUACAGUUAAAAAGCUAGUAUUUGGACCUUAUAGUUGGGAUAGUUUUGUGAUACAUACUGUUUUUCAUGCUGUUUAUUGGUGGAACAUGUGGACAAAUAACAGUCUAAUUUUAAAUUAGAUUAUAUUCUUGUUGGUACGCACUGAUUUAAAAGGUGUGCAAAGUGAAAGUUCAAGCAAAAAAAAAAAAGAAACAGUUAUGACUGUAAACACUAAACACAGACAACUGGUUACAGACAGGUCAGACAGGGGGAGGGAGGGAGGGGUGCACGUGAAAUGAGGCGGACUCUAUUGGCAGACAUGGGGGUUUUAAGGGAAGUGAGCCAGAGUUUUGGGCUAUAAAACAAAGGUGGUGUGGGCAUUGUUUUGGUUAGUAUGAAACUGGGACAAGUGGGCACUGUUUGCUGUGGCUAGUGGGUAAUGUUUUGGCGGGAGUGCCUGUGAGUUUGUGUGUGGUGGUGGUGGUGGGUAUGAGAAGAGGAGGAGCUCUGUCAUGAUGCCAGGAACACAUUCUCAUCCUGCUGCUGUUGAAAGGGGCGGUAAGGACAUAAACAGGCCCAGUGGGAUUAGGUCCCACUCAGAGAAGUGAUCAGGGGGGAUUUACUGCCCAGUGGGCACAUAAUGGCACUGUCGCGUUACACACUACACAUGCUCAACGGCAACGUUUCACAACAGACCCAAGCCUAUAUAAAUCCGAUUAGAACUCCCUUUUGUUUAGGAAGCGGCACCGGGGUUAACACAGGCUAGCCAUGCCGCGGGCCAUGUUUGAUAGGACAGGGGGUGUGUGGACGUUGGCGGGACGGCAAAGAGAAAAGCUUGGGGCACGUUGUGUUUUGGCAGGGUGUUUCCACGUGUGUGAAGCCCCAGACAAACAGGGAGGCCAGUGGCUGUGUGUGGGGGCACAAUAACAGGAUGAAUAACAUUUUUUUCCCCCCCGGUUAGUGCGUGUGAGUCAGCUGAUGAUGGUGAAUGGAGACAGGAUCUAAGCUAACAUGAGACAACAACAACAUUGGCAGACACAAAGACAGCAAGCCGUGCCGGCUCUGGCCCAGGCUGCAGCCAUGCCUCUUCUGGAAGAGACCACUCUGCCACAAGAUCACCCACCCACUGUCCCUGUGGUCAUCAUAGGCAAUGGCCCAUCAGGUAUUUGUCUGUCCUACCUGCUGAGUGGACACAAGCCCUACCUAGAUACAGCAACUGUUCACCCAAACCCAAUAAUAUACAGGAAACUGCAGGAGACAAAGCACCUAUCCAUCACUGAACAGGAUCUGGAAUAUUUGAGUGAAGGUCUUGAGGGGAGGUCAAGAAACCCUGUGGCUGUGCUUUUUGACACACUUCUGCACCCCAAUGCUGACUUUGGCUACGAGUUCCCCCCUGUCCUUCAGUGGAGGAGGGACAAGCAGCAACACAUCCCUCAUCUGGUGCUGGGGAGGGCAACGCCUGGAGGUGCUUGGCAUGCAAUGGAAGGCUCCAUGCUGACUAUUAGUCUUGGCAUCUGGAUGGAGCUUCCAGGGGUUAACUACAGGGACUUGACCAAUGGGAAACGCAGGGAUGCCACCAGUGACAGAGCCACCCCAGAAGAGAUCUCAUCCUAUUACCGUAACUAUGUGAAGCUUAAGGGCCUCCAAAAGAAUUUUGUUGACAACACCUACGUGACCUCUGUCCAGAAACUCUGCCGGGGGCACGAGGGAGAAGGUCUGGAAAAUGGGCACACUGAUCAAGGAGAUGGUGGGAAUGAAGGCUUUGAGGGAAAUGGAGUUGAGUGUCUAAACAAUGGAGGAGGGGGGGCUCUCUGGGAAGUAAGGGGAUACCAGCAGUUGCAGAACGACACUCAUGUGCCCUUCUCUUUGUUUGCUGAGAACGUAGUUCUGGCAUCUGGUGCAUCUGAUUCGCCAGUUCGAUUAGGUGCAGAGGGUGAGGACCUACCAUUUGUAUUCCACAGCAUCUCAGAUCUGGGCUUGGCUGUAAGCCGUAGAAAACUGGAUAUGAACUCUGAUCCAGUUUUGAUCGUAGGUGCUGGUUUAAGUGCUGCAGAUGCAGUUCUGUGCGCUUGUAACAGCAACAUCAGAGUUCUGCAUGUCUUUCGUAAGAGCGUAGACGACCCAGAACUUAUCUUCAAACAGCUGCCCAAGACCCUGUACCCAGAGUACCACAAGGUCUACAACAUGAUGUGCUCUCAGACAUACACAAAUGUGGCUCCCUCCUCUGCUUUAAACAGACCCCAGGCAGUAAGUAUCGCCUCUUCAGUAUGUGCCAAGAUGUGCCCAAAGCCCCAACUUGCUGCAGGUAACAUGGCUGGUAAUACCAGUGUCAGCCUGUUUCCUGACUACACUAGUUUCCCCGAACACUGCGUGGUGUCCUUCCAGUCUGACAUGAAGUGUUUGUUGCAGGGGAACAACUCCCUCAAGGCCUUCAAGAUCUCCAUGGCGCUAGUGCUGACUGGGACCAACCCAAACUUGUUUUUUCUGAAGGGGCAGGGCCAGUACCUGGGUCAGGAUCCAACAAAACCCAUCUCCUGCACGCAGAACCCCAUUGACAUCCACCCCUACACUUUUGAGUGUACCAAGGAGCCAGGUCUGUUUGCCAUGGGCCCGCUGGUGGGAGACAACUUUGUUCGCUUUUUGAAGGGUGGUGCUUUAGGCAUUGCCUCGUGUCUGCUGAAGAGACUCAAGAAGAAAGGGAAGCUCAUCAGCAAUGAAGAGAAUAACUUUAUUUGAAAUCAUGAUGAAGAAAAGAGCCGUACACGUUGGUUGUAGGGCAGAUUUCAAGCGCUCCUACCAACUAAUGUAAAAGACGAAGGGGAAAACAAGAGUUUGUUUUAAUCAUUUAGGCAGUGUUUUCUUAUCAAAACUAAGGCAUUUUUACAACUUUCUGAGACCAAAAAGAAAAUGGAUGUACACUAAUUAGUUUCUAAAGAACCAAAACACAGCUUUCAAGAGUCUUGUUUGACUCCAUAAGAAGUCCCCAGAAGUCCAAGCUACCAUGUGCCAAUGUUUUCUAGUCAAUCUGUACCUCACAACUGAAGGGACCUUAUUUUCAUCAGGGUUAUUUAUUCAUUCACCAUGUGUCUUUCAAUCCAUUUACUAACAACAGUUAAAUUGGUGUCAUAUCACAUCAAACUUUAAGUUGUAUUUGAGCUUUUAGUUGUACAACCUGGAGUGGUGAGUGUUAGUUAUAGUGGACGCACACUGAUUAUUCUGAGCCUACCUUUGAGGAUUCUUUGUUUAGCUGCUAUUGUAGGUAGUUGGAGCCAUAUACCUAAAAAAAUAUAGAAAAGUCUUAUAAAUCUGAACUGUUGCUUUGGUUAUAGUGUGACUGAAAGGCUUUCUUGGAUCACGACUGGCAGACCAUGCUUUGAUAGGCAAGAAGUCGGUUUGACUGCGUUAAGGCUCGAUUGCCUAUACUGUCCUGGGUAGCCCGGAUGUUGCUAUGUGAAUUAUUUCAUCUUGAAUUUUUGGAUCUGAAUUUGAGCAACCUGAAUCUAUCUCUUUGAAAUUUGGAAACUUGAAUUUUUGGAUCUGAAUUUGUGACCAUUGAAAAAAAUAUAUUUAAAUUCAGCUUUUGAAAUUGCAAAUAAAAAAAAAAAAAUCACAUUUUAAUUUCAAAGAGGUAAAUUCAGAACACAUUCAGAUACAUGACUCACUAUGCAAAUAAUUUCACUUGCAGAUCUGAAUGCAUUAUUGGACACCAAUUGCUACGUUUGAAUUCCUGGCAAAAGAUAUGGUCAUUAAGGAUCAUUCUGGUGUUUUUUAUUCAUUUCCAGUAGUCUUGGCAGAUUUUAUUUUUGUUUAGAUUUACAUUCAAAACAGUAACACCGAUAAUGAUGCUUUUUUUUAUUUUCCAGAAAGAUAGUGAACAUUCUCCAUUUGGCAGUCAACUUUCCAUUAUGAGACUUGUAAACUUCUCAUCAAAUCAACCCAUUCUUUAAAUUGUGCUAACCAACAAUGAUACAUUUAGACAAAAUAAAAAUGGGCAUGGUGUUUACCAAGAUGGUUCUUUAGUGGUACAAGAAAUAAUAUAAAAUAGGAUAAAACAAGAAAUACCAGUAUGGUCCUUUAUACUUAACAACUGCCAAUUACAUCAUGACAAAAAUAUAGUGAAAACGUAAUACUAUUCUUGCCAUAGCAAUACAUUUAUUUAAAUGCAACAAUUACAACACUUUGUACGCAUUUUCUUGUUCUUUUCGCCAGUCACACAUGAAGAGAACAGGCUUUCAAAAAAAGACAAAACAGAAAAGCACACUUGCAGAAAACCCAUUUUUACAAUCAUACAAUCUAAAUAAUUUUAUAUUUUUAGCAAACCAAAUCUUAGUAUCCUCUUUGUAUUUUUUAUAAUUACAUAGUGCCAUUUUUAGCAUGUUGCGGUUAUCUUCGUGAAGGCUAAUAUCUAAGCUCCAUCUUAGAACUAUUCAAUCUACCUGACUGGGCAAUAUGUAAAUGACUUAUUGUCUAUGUAGCCAUAUCAUGUUUCUCUUAAUAUUGUGAAACAUGGCACACAGCUUUGUUUACUUAACACUACAUAGGAAUUGCCAAGUCAGACUUCUUCCAUAACUAUUUCUGAAAUACACCAAAGCAGGUGAUUUCCUAAAUAUGAUCAAUAUGAGGACUUUCGUUUUUUUUCCACAUUGCCCAACUCUACAUCUGUGUAUAUAAAAAAAAUUCUUCUUCCAUUUUUUAAUACGGCUUCGAAGCAAAUGGCCAAUAUUGUUUUGUUAAGUGUCAAAUAAGAGAGCGGAGCAAUCUAUUCUUCAUUUUUACUGUAGUUUCCUUCAUCAAUCAGUCUGCAAGAGUGUGAUGCCAUAUGCAUAAUUUAUUUUGUGUGCUGCACAACUCAUGGUUUGUUUAUUGUGAUGUGACACUUAGAUCCCUGUGUAGGGAUUUUUUUCUUCUGCCUUCUUCAAUACAAUAUGGUAGUCAGUCAGUGUCGGUAAUUACUAAAAUAAAACGCUACUGUAGUCACAUUACUUUUUCCACUAACAAAGUUAAUAGUUUAACACAUUACUGUAUAAGUUUUAGUAAUCCUAUUUAACUAGUGAAGAUGUUAUUACUUGUGUUAAAUAUUGAAUUUUAGCUGAAUUAUGCCUUGAUGCUUUUUUCACUGACUUCUGAAUAUUGUUUUGAUAUGAAUAUUAAUUAUAUGCAUGCAGGCAUGAACCAUUGCCUAGCAGCAGCUACUGUGAGCAGAAGACAUUAAAGUGCUAUAAGAACAGAUGUGGGAAGAGUACAUUUAAGGACUGCAGAGACUGGGUGACUUAAAAGUGGAGAUAACUUAUUAUUGGUUUGAAUUUACUUAAAGGAAGAAAA